CCUUCUUCUUGUUUUCCAGAAAUUGAAACACCCGAUGCCUUGACCUAUCAAUUCCAUCCCGUUUCGGAACAGGUAUUCACAUUCAAGGUACGCUGUGCCCACGAUGCCCAUUUGGCAUUGACGGCCCAGCCCGCUGAGGGCGAGCCCAUGUAUGAAAUAUUCCUUGGCGGUUGGGAAAACAGCAAAUCUGUUAUUCGUAAAAAUCGUCAAAAACCCGAUGUUGUUGAGGUGCCCACACCCGGUAUCUGUAAUGCUGGUGAAUUCCGUGGUUUCUGGAUUCGUUGGUAUGACAAUGUUAUUACCGUUGGUCAUGAGGGUGAAGCUGCUGCUUUUAUGUCCUAUGAAGAUCCGGAAUUGUUCCCCAUACAAUAUGUGGGUGUGUGCACAGGAUGGGGUGCCAGUGGCACUUGGUUGAUUGAUGAACCUGCUCCCGUUGCUGUGUCCGCCCCCAUGGGUUUCACUGCCCCCACCGGUGGUAGUGGUAGCGGCAAUUGGGUCCCUGCCGCCAAUGGUGAAAUUCCCCCCGAGGCUUUGCAGGGCGGUUUCGAUGGCAGUGAACAGCUGUAUAUUGCCCGUGCCCAACACGAAGGUGAUAUGAUUCCCGGCAAAUUGCAUCCAUCCCACGGUGUCUGUUAUGUUGCCUAUGGUGGCGGCGAACAUGGCCACAGUGAAUACGAAGUUUUGUGUGCCGGUUUUGGUAUUUGGGUACCAGUUACUGAUGGUUCAAUACCACCAAAUGCUGUCCAAGCUGGUACCACGGCCGAUGGUGAACCACUGUUCAUUGGUCGUGCCACUCAUGAUGGUACUGUUACCGUUGGUAAGGUGCAACCAUCGCAUGGCUGCUGUUACAUUCCAUAUGGCGGUGAAGAAUUGGCCUACAAAGAAUAUGAAAUCUAUUGUGAACAGUAAAC